GAGGACCUCAGCACUGAGAGUCAGUGGGACGCGGUGCCUGAGGCCCUCGGCAGCCUGAGUCCGGUGGACCUCGAGGGGUCAAGCGUUCAGGGCCUGGUGCAGCAGCUUGAGGCUCUGCCCGGAGACCUGAUGGGCCUGCCCCCAGACAGCGCACCCUGCCCUCUGCACAUUGCCACUGGCCAGGGCCUGGACCCCCACGACACGACUGACGCCCGGUCUGGUCUCUUGUCUGCUGAGGCUGGUCGGGAUGAUCUUCUGAGCCUUCUGCAGGGUGAGGGGCACUCGCCUUCUAAACCUGGUCCCCAGGAGCCUCCAGAGCCUGCCCAUCCCCUGUUGCAGCCCCCUGAGGAUGCAGAUGAAGAGUCGGAGCCCCCGGAAUGGGCAGAGGGAGCCUCUGCCGAGCAAGGUGGUAGAAGGAGCUCCAGCAGUUCCCCUGAGCCCUGGCUGGAGACCUCUCCUUUGGUCACACCCGAAGAGCCACCUGCCGGUGUCCAGAGCCCCAAGACCCUGGCUUCAUACCCUGCCCUCCAGGAGGUACCGGGUCCCUGUGACCAUGAGGACCUCAUGGAUGGUGUCAUAUUUGGGGCCAAAUACUUGGGCUCCACCCAGCUGGUGUCGGAGCGGAACCCGCCCCCCAGCACGCGCAUGGCCCAGGCCCAGGAGGCGAUGGACCGCGUCAAGGCCCCCGACGGGGAGACCCAGCCCAUGACGGAGGUGGACCUCUUUGUCUCCACCAAGAGGAUCAAGGUCCUCACAGCUGAUUCCCAGGAGGCCAUGAUGGACCACGCCCUGCAGACCAUCUCCUACAUCGCUGACAUCGGCCCGGUGCUGGUGCUCAUGGCGCGCCGGCGGCUGACACGGAGGUCACCCCAGGACCGAGGGCGCCCCCUGUGCAAGAUGAUGUGCCACGUCUUCCACUCAGAGGACGCCCAGCUCAUUGCACGAGCCAUAGGCCAGGCCUUCACCGUGGCCUACAGCCAGUUCCUGCGGGAGAGUGGCAUUGACCCCAGCCAGGUGGGCACCCAGCCCAGCCAGGGGGCCGCCAGCCCUGGCCACCUGCACAACGGGGACCUGGACCACUUCUCCAACAGUGAGAACUGCAGGGAGGUGUGCAUCGAGAAGCGCAGGGGUGAAGGCCUGGGUGUGGCCCUGGUGGAGUCGGGCUGGGGCUCCCUGCUGCCCACGGCUGUCAUCGCCAACCUGCUGCACGGGGGCCCCGCCGAGCGCUCAGGCGCCCUCAGCAUCGGCGACCGCCUCACCGCCAUCAAUGGGACCAGCCUGGUGGGGCUGCCCCUGGCGGCGUGCCAGGCAGCUGUGCGUGAGGUGAAGCCACAGACCUCAGUGAGGCUCAGCAUCGUCCACUGCCCACCCGUCACCACUGCCAUCAUCCGGAGACCCCAUGCGCGCGAGCAGCUGGGCUUCUGCGUGGAGGACGGCAUUAUCUGCAGUCUCCUCCGCGGCGGCAUCGCGGAGCGUGGGGGUGUGCGCGUGGGGCACCGCAUCAUCGAGAUCAACGGGCAGAGCGUGGUGGCCACGCGGCACGAGCGCAUCAUCGAGCUGCUCACCGAGGCCCACAGCGAGGUGCACAUCAAGACCAUGCCGGCCGCCACCUACCGCCUGCUGACGGGCCAGGAGCAGCCCGUGUACCUGUGAGGGCCGCCUCAGUGCCUUUGUCCCUGUGGCUCUCUGAGCUGCCUGGGACCCCAAAGGAGAAUGUAGCCACUUAUUUUCUAACGUGAAAAAUUAAAAGUUUAUUGAAUGGGCA